CAGGGAAUGCCAAGCUCCGCCCUCAGUAUUUCAGUAUAAAAGCAGAGUGAAACUAACACUCUGUCCUUUUUUCAUCCGGUUUGGACGGAGGUCAUCUCUGCUGUGACGUUAGUAAAUCAAAAUGGGAAAAGAGAAGAUUCACAUCAACAUUGUGGUCAUCGGCCAUGUGGACUCCGGCAAAUCCACCACCACCGGACACCUGAUCUACAAGUGUGGAGGAAUCGACAAGCGAACCAUCGAGAAGUUUGAGAAAGAAGCUGCUGAGAUGGGCAAAGGUUCCUUCAAGUACGCCUGGGUGCUGGACAAACUAAAGGCUGAGCGUGAGCGUGGAAUCACCAUUGACAUCGCUCUGUGGAAGUUUGAGUCCAGCAAGUACUAUAUAACCAUCAUUGAUGCUCCGGGACACAGAGACUUCAUCAAAAACAUGAUUACUGGCACCUCCCAGGCUGACUGUGCUGUGCUGAUUGUGGCUGCUGGUGUUGGUGAGUUUGAGGCUGGUAUCUCCAAGAAUGGACAGACUCGUGAGCACGCCCUGCUGGCUUUCACACUGGGUGUGAAGCAGCUCAUCAUCGGUGUCAAUAAGAUGGACUCGACUGAGCCACCAUACAGCAAGGACCGUUUUGAAGAGAUCAUUAAGGAAGUGAGCAGCUAUAUCAAGAAGAUUGGCUACAAUCCAAAUGCUGUUGCCUUUGUGCCCAUCUCUGGUUGGCAUGGUGACAACAUGCUGGAGCCAAGUACCAAUAUGGCCUGGUUCAAGGGAUGGAAGGUUGAACGUAAAGAAGGCAGUGCCUCUGGAACCACGCUGCUUGAGGCCUUGGAUUCCAUUUUGCCACCCACCCGCCCCACUGACAAGCCCCUCCGUCUACCCCUCCAGGAUGUUUACAAAAUUGGCGGUAUUGGAACUGUACCAGUGGGCCGUGUUGAGACUGGUGUCCUGAAGCCAGGUAUGGUUGUCACGUUCGCACCCCCUAACUUGACCACAGAGGUGAAAUCUGUGGAGAUGCACCACGAGAGCUUGAGUGAGGCUUGUCCUGGUGACAAUGUCGGCUUCAAUAUUAAGAACGUGUCUGUCAAGGAAAUCCGUCGUGGUAAUGUUGCUGGUGACAGUAAGAAUGAUCCACCAAAGGCAGCAGCAAGUUUCAACGCCCAGGUCAUCAUCCUGAAUCACCCUGGCCAGAUCGCUGCAGGUUACGCCCCCGUGCUGGACUGCCACACUGCCCACAUCGCCUGCAAGUUCAGCGAGUUGAAAGAGAAAAUUGACCGUCGUUCUGGCAAGAAACUUGAGGACAACCCCAAGUUUGUGAAGAGUGGAGAUGCUGCCAUUAUCCUACUGAUUCCGCAUAAGCCUAUGUGUGUCGAGGCCUUCUCAGAAUAUCCUCCUCUCGGUCGUUUUGCUGUGCGUGACAUGAAGCAGACUGUCGCUGUGGGCGUCAUCAAGAGCGUCGAGAAGAAAGAAGUUGCUGGAAAGGUCACAAAGGCAGCAACCAAGGCGCAGAAGAAGUAAUAUAUGCUCAUGCAGGAUGUCUUGGCUAAAAACAGGCUUCAGUCGCAGUUGGUCACUCGAUGUCCUCUUUGUCCCUGCCAUCUCCCGCUGCCUUCUCUGAGGCAGGUCUCUUUGCUCAAAGACUGGCUUAUUUUGAUUAAAACCCAUC